CGCAUUUUGCGAGAGAAUCUGCGAAUUCAACAUGGCGAGUUUUGUCACAAGCGAAGAGGCCUGCAAAAGCUGGGAGAAAAGUGGCAGAAAUGAGUUCUUGAAAUUUUGCCGCAGUAGGAUAUCAGAAGCAUCAGAUGAUGGGAUCAUUACAGGGAGUGUCCAUGAAUUAAGUAAGGGUCUACGUGACCUGAUUGAUCAGACAAUAAAGGGAACCUUGAAGCAGGAACUCGCAGUGUCCACGCUCAGUGCUUCUGUGGAUAUCCAUCCAGGUGUGGCGUCCAUCUUGGUGGAUGUCUUCAACAUCAAAGAUAUUGAAACAACAUCAAGAGAAGAAAACACAUGCAAGGAAAAUUUAAUCUCUCUUCUUACAGCUUGUUCCGCAUUCCUGGACAGCCGCCUUUUGAAAGAGAGAUUAGACAAUGACACUCUGGAUGCCAUCAACAUCCUCUCCAACAAACAGGCUUUUGCCCAGAGAUAUGUUCGACUCAAGACAAAACUCUACUACAAACAACAAAAGUUCAACCUGCUACGCGAAGAGAGUGAAGGCUUCGCAAAGCUGGUCUCGGAGCUCACUCAAGUUACAGUCGACCCUGCUACAAGCUCCCAGGUUUCAAAGAACAUCAAAGCGCUCAUAGGUGGAUUUGACCUUGAUCCAAACCGCGUCCUUGACAUCAUCUUGGAGGCCUUUGAGACAGCUCCGGAGCAGGACCAUGUCUUUGUUCCCCUCCUCAGGUCUUACAUGUGUGACCCACUGACAGUAUGUCAGGUCCUGGGGUUCAAGUUCCAGUUCUACAAGGAGGAGAAUAUUCGAACUCCAAAAUCUCUUCACAAGGUUGCUGCCCAGCUAUUACAACAUCAUAUUGUGGAACUGGAUGACAUAUACCCUCAUCUUGCUCCAUCUGAUGUAGACAUCUUCAAGGCCCACAAGCAGGAGAUCAUUGAUGCCAGGCAGUACGCUAGGAAGAUGAGCAUGGCUGUCCUUGCCGACAAGGAUGAUAAAGACGACAAGGAGAAAGAGAAAGAUAAAGAUGAACAGGUCAUGGACAACCAAAAGAUAGGGCUGUGUGAGUCUAUGAUCCUGAUUGGGGAUUGGGUGCAUGCCAAGAAACUCCUGGACAAGCUCCCAGAGUAUGGAACCACGAGCAACCCUACCGUGGCCAAGGCUCUCUGCAACCUCAUUGAAUCCCUCUUGCAACCGCUCUACAAAAAGAGUUGUCAACCACAGGGAGCCAAAGGCUACCACAUACCUGCACCUCCCAAGAACGGCACCUUGCAGGCAGUGCAGAGGCUAGGGAACAUCAAGGGAGUCCUGGAGAUGUGCCGCUACCUUGGACCUUAUGCUUCCUUGCAACCAAUCCUCAUAUGGAAACUUGUCAGGCUCGGCAAAGCACUGCUUGCAGAGAGAGCUUCAUCGACAGAGGAAAAGAAAGAAGAGUUGAAUGGAGUUUUUCAUGAGAUGCUGUCAAUGAUUGAGCAAGUGAUAUUGCCAUCCAUCAGCAUGAUGCCAUGCAAUGCCUGUCUCUCUGAAGAGGUCUGGUCGCUCAUGAAGAUGCUGCCUUAUCACAGGAGAUACUGCUUGUAUGCACGAUGGAUUAACCACUGCUAUGGGAUCCAUCCUCCGCUGAUCCGGGUCAAGGCGAACACCACUGACCGGGCCAAGUACAUCAUGAAGAGACUGACCAAGGAGAACGUCAAGCCGUCUGGGAGGCAGCUAGGCAAACUCAGCCACUCCAAUCCUGGGGUGCUCUUCUCUUAUGUUUUGUCUCAGAUUCAGAUGUAUGAUAACCUGAUUGGACCUGUGGUCGAUUCUCUCAAGUACCUCACAUCCCUGUCCUUCGACAUCCUAGCAUAUUGUGUGAUAGAAGCUCUGGCUAACCCAGAGAAGGAACGCAUGAAGCACGACGAAACCAGUCUUUCACUUUGGAUGCAAAGUCUGGCAGCAUUCUGUGGGGCAAUGUUCCGUAAAUAUAACAUUGAGCUGACAGGCUUGCUCCAGUUUGUGGCCAAUCAGCUCAAAGUUGGCAAGAGUUUUGAUCUGUUGAUCUUGAGAGAAGUGGUGUUAAAGAUGGCUGGAAUUGAGGUGACCGAAGAGAUGACCGCUGACCAGUUGGAAGCACUGGCUGGAGGAGAGCUUCUCAGAGCCGAGGGAGGUUACUUUACCCAAGUGCGAAACACCAAGCGAUCAUCACAGCGUCUCAAGGAAGCGUUGCUAGAGGAUGACCUAGCUGUCACCAUGUGUAUGCUGAUGGCUCAAGAGAAGUACAGGGUGGUCUAUAAACAUGAGCAAGGAACUCACCUGAAGCUGGUGGGCAUGCUCUAUGAUCAGUGCCAAGACACGCUUGUCCAGCUAGGAGGGUUCCUCUCCAACCUGCUGAGUAUAGAGGACUACUCCAAGCACUUCCCUGACCUGGUCAACAUGGUCACCAACUAUCACCUCACUCCGGAGAGUGCCUUCUUUCUCUACAGACCAAUGUGUACCCAUGCUAUACAGUCCAAGGUAGACGACCUAAAGCGACAGGAAAAGAGCAGUAAGUCAUCUGGUAACCGCACCCAACGUUACGUUCAGGCCUCCCAGGUGGUCAUGUCCCCUUUGACAGACGGCAUCAUCUCCUUUCAUCCUCCUAAAGUCUGGGAUGAUAUCAGCCCGCAAUUCUAUGCAAGCUUCUGGACGCUGUCCAUGUACGACCUGCAUGUUCCCAGUCCAAGCUAUGAGAAGGAGAUCAACAAGAUCAAGGUGACCAUGGCAACUGUAGAUGACAACAAAGAAAUGGCCUCGGCAAAAAGGAAGAAGGAGAAGGAGAGAUUUGCAAUCAUCAUCGAUCGACUCAAGGAUGAAGAGAGAAAGCAACAGGAGCAUUGCCAGAGGAUAGAAGCUCGUCUCAAGAAGGAGUGUGAGACAUGGUUCACUGCACGUUCGACCAAGAAUGAGACCAUCACCCAGUUCCUGCAGCUCUGCGUCUUCCCACGCUGCUGCUUCUCGGCCAGCGACGCCCUCUACUGUGCAAAGUUUGUCCUCACUGUCCACAAGCUAAAGACGCCCAACUUCUCCACCCUCUUGUGCUAUGAUAGGGUAUUUCAAGAUAUCACCUACACAGUAGCCAGCUGUACGGAGAACGAAGCCAUUCGCUACGGCAGGUUCCUUUGUGCAAUGAUGGAAACUGUGAUGAAAUGGCAUGGGGAUAAAGAAACAUAUGAGAAGGAAUGCGGCAACUUUCCCGGUUUCGUGACAGUGCUGAGAGCUAGCGGUACAGAGUCCAGCAACAAGGCUGACCAGUUGGACUAUGAAAACUUUCGCCAUGUCUGUCAUAAGUGGCAGUACAAGCUUACCAAGGCGGUGGUUGCUUGUCUAGAGUCAAAGGAGUACACUCAAAUCAGGAACACACUCAUACUUCUAACCAAGAUCUUGCAAUACUUCCCGCUGGUGCAGAACCUUGGUCAGGUUCUUGAGAAGAGAGUGGAUAAGAUCAGAACCGAGGAGAAGGAAAAGAGGCCUGACAUCUAUGCCUUAGCCAUGGGUUACUCUGGUCAACUCAAAGCAAGGAAACAGCACAUGAUCCCUGAAGACAAGUUUCAUUACAAGGAUAAGCCUGCCCCCGCCCCUCAGGCCACCUCUCAGUCCUCAGAGUCGACGAGUAAGAAGACCACACCCUCUAGCAGCUCAACUUCAGUCAGCAGCACCAGUAAUGCUACCGUCAACGGUGUAGGCAAGGAAAACCAUAGCAAAGAUGCAGAUAAUGAGAAGGUUCAUGGAGCGAGCAGUAAGUCGUCCAACCGAGACUCGUCGUCAGCAAAGUCAUCAUCUACAUCGAAGUCCUCGGUGAAGUCAUCGUCGCAAGUGCAGGGCAAGUCAUCGUCAUCAUCCAAGUCCAGCAGUAAUUCAUCAUCAAAGGCUUCAGCCUCUUCAUCCAAUGUCGGUGCCAGCUCGUCAUCAGGGACCAAAAAAUCAGAUUCCAAAUCUUCCAAUGAAAGCAGUAAAUCCAAGAGAGAUAAAGAGGACCACAAGGAGGGCAGCAUUAAUAGGUCCAAGGACGAGAAGGUUUCCAAAGAGCACAGAGUGGUGAAGGAAGACAAGACUGUCAAGGAAGGCAAAGUUCAAAGGUCAUCAGAGGGCAAGAGGUCAGGGAGCAGUGAGAAGCCCCACAGAGAAGAUGGCAAAGCCUCCAGCAGCAAGGAGCACAAGAACUACAGCGGCGAUCACUGGGGCGGAGCUCCGUCGUCAGAGCUAGACAGCUGGGCAGAGGAAGGGGAGAGGGUGCGUAAGGUGGAGAAGAAGUCCUCCCAUCGUGACAACAAGGCCAAGGAGAAGGAGGAGCGUGGUGGAGACGGGGGUCACAGGUCAUCCAAAGAGCGAUCCCAGAGAGAGGAGAGUGUUGCAUCGAACUCCAGCCAGGGAUCGGUAGGGUCAUCCUCCAGGAAGGAAUCUCCAGCAACCAGCUCUUCAGAUAGAGUGGAACACAAGAGGAGAAAAGUGGAUACAGCCUCUGUAAUUGUGUCAAGCUCGAGCUCUCCUGACCUAGCAAGGGAGACAUCCUCAGGCAAACACAGGAGAAGUAAGAGCAAGGAGAGUCACAGAGAGAGGGAGGUUCUUGAAGCCCCUGAAGCAGAACGAGAAAGGAGUAGAGACAAAGAAAAGAAGAGUGAGAAGAAGAGGGAUCACUCGGCCGGUGAUGUCGAAUCAAAGAGACAUAAAGUCAGUGAUUCAGGUCAUGAGGGUAAAAGUGGCAAGAGGUCAUCAUUAGGUGAUGGUGCUAGCUCAAGCAGUAGCCUGAACGGAGAGAGGAUGGAUGAGAGAGAGCGAGAACGUGAAAUGAUAAAGGAAGAGAAGGCAUCAAGGAGAGAGUCUGAUGUCCGGGACAAACCUGCCAAAGAGAAGAAAAUCAAGAGAGAACCAAUCGACGAUGACAGAGAUGAAGACAGACAUAAAUCCAGCAGCUCCAGAAAGAGGCGACCUUGACGACAAACUCGCUGCCCAGAGAUGGUGGAAGGAUCUUCAUCUCAAGAUCGUCUAUAUUUUCAAUGGAAAUUCUCUCAUUUUAUCUUCUUCAGAAAGCAAGUGAAUGUGGAUAGCAAAGCGAUGUAUAUUUUUGUGUGAUUAUCCUAGUAUUUUCACUCCGUCUUGCGUCUUACUCUUUGAAAGGCUGUAAAAGUGGUCAUAGAGAGCUUUUUGAGUUAUGCAAGUUAUCAGUAGAUAUAAAGUGUUAGUUGUAUCCUUCUGGUUUAGUAAGCCUACUCCAAGAGAGAGAAAAGAAGAAAGGAUAGAGACUUGUUUUAUUGGGAGAGUAAUUAAUACCAUAUGUGAUGGUUGUUAUCUGUAAUUCUUUACUGCUUCUUUGUCAUUGAAAUAACUUUUCAGUAUGUCACUACACUUGUUUACUGUUGAUCAGUUCUUACAUGUCUUUGUUGAAUCACGUUGUCAAAACAAAAGCUGUGCUUAAUUGUUUUGCUCUAUAAAGCCCCCUGCACACUGUACAAUUUGACUGUGAUCUGAUUUGUGAAGAAUUUGCUAUUAUAUUUCACACAACUAUUCAAUCUCUUACAAUCUCAAGCUCGAGUUUCUGAGCUGUCAGAUGAAUAACAAAAAUCAAGAUUUUGGGGGAUUGCAAGCUUUCUUGUAGGAGGAAUAUCGGACUUAGCUCUGAAUUGUGUUGACAUACCAGUUGUGCAAUUGUCUCUGUUUGGAAGCCAUUUUGCUUUUACACCGACUAGAAAUUUUUAAAGCAUUCACAUAUGUUUGUUAGUAGCCUUAUUGUACUUUGGAAUCUCAAUUUGGUUUCUUUCAUUUGUUUUGUAACAUGUAAUUACAACUUUUUCAAAAGUCAAAUCGCAGUAGGAUCGUACAGUGUGCAGUGAGUAUAAGAGAGACAUGCACAGGUUUUUUUUUUCUGUAUGUUUGCAUUGAUGCAUUUGAAUAUUAAAAGGCACAAUGUUAUAUUUGAAGGUAUGAUGAAAAUGAAAUAUACAUAGUGUUUUGGACAUGGGGUAAACCACUUAAAAUAGACAUGAAAAUCAA